UGUGUGGUGUGGUGCGUUGUUGUGAUGCGCGGCUCGCACGGGACGCCGCAGCCUUGGUGACCGUGGUUCCUUGUUUUUGUGACACAGUGGUGUCGUGUAUUCCGACGCUCAUGCAAGCUCAAUCGGCAAGAUGCGAUGGCGGGCGCGAGCGGCCUCAACACGCGCGAAAGAACGCGCCAACAUCAGCUUUUUCAUAUUUAUAAUGUUCUUCGCUGUGUUUGGUGUAAUAGUCCUUACUGAACUGCUGUUUUUGGAGCGGCCCCCGAGUAAUGCCCCUCGAUCCCGCUACAUAGAAAGCUUACAGGGUUGGGAAGGACGAACGGAUAAUGGUGGGGAUGGAGUAGAACCGCCACAGCCUGCGCACGGGCCACUCGACGCUGUUUGGCAGCCAGUUGCUGGAACCAGGUUUAGGUUCUACGUGUACUCAGCCUACGUGGAGCGACGGACUGUACCUUCAGUCCGCGUCAUUGCUGCUACGAAAACGCGCGGCGCUGAUCCUGUUGUUUGUCGAAUGUGGCUAUCAGACAACCGUACAUUUACGCUCAAAGCUAGAGUCAAGCCGAUCCGGGAAAAUUGGAACCUGAAAUACAGUGCCACGUACGUGCUCUGUCUACUUCGCGAUACAGGAGUGAAGCCGCACGAAACAGUUGGCGCGUCUAUAUCAGUAGCAGCUGCCGUCUCUCCUAAUAGAACUCCUACCAACCUUCUAACUGUACUUGACACCGAGCCUAAAAACGGGAUUGAGGAGACACUACACGUAUGCGUUAAACCAUUCCACUUCUCAUACUCGCGGGACGAGUGGCUCAUGGAAUGGUUUGAGUUGAACAGGCUACUUGGUGCGAGUCACUUCUAUAUGUACAACGAGUCGUUGAGCGCACCAGUCGCUUGCCUACUCGAGCAUUAUAGAAAACAAGGAUUGGUUACUCUGUUGCCAUGGAAACUGCCUAUUGUUUCCAAAAUUGAAAUCAGGACGGAAGGCCAGUUCGCCGCAUUCAACGAUUGUCUCUAUCGGUCAAUGUCAUCAGCGGGGUGGCUGUUAGUGAUUGAUGUUGAUGAAGUGAUUUUACCUCGAAGGGAAAGGACUCUUGUAGCCCUUCUAACAGCCCUUCGAGCCGCGUACAACCCUCCCUCAAAGGCGCCCUCUGCGUUCCUCUUCAGGAACGCGUUCUUCUAUCUACGAUGGGAGGACGACGUAGAAGCCCCCGCGCCAUUAGUAACAGCUCGCAAAACACGACGCUGGGCUGCGCCACACGCGCUCAAGAAUCGGAGCAAGUACGCGUUACGACCUCGUGACGCAGUUGAACUGGGCAACCAUUUUCUAUGGGAACUUGCUCCUGGGGCCAGUUCCGUGGGCGUUCCAUCUGAAAGGGCAUUGUUGCAUCACUACAGAAUCGCCUGUGAGUACGGAGGCAUGCAAUGCCUAACAGUCCCUUCAACUGUUGACCGAACAGCUCAUCGCUGGGCUGAGGAACUGAUGCAGCGAGUCUCCGCAGAAAAAGAGAUAUUAUCACGAACAUGCCCCACGUAAACCAUAUCAACUGUGGAUGCUUUGUUGAAGAAAUCAUUACAGUCCCACGGAAUGUUAUUUAUCUGCUGUAUAAAGAUUAUCUGCAUAAUUUUUA